UACAGAACGGUCCGUAUACCUCGCUUUUUACCCCAUUAGUUAUACUGAACAUUUGAUUUCGAUGGACGGAUACGUGUCCGCGGCCUAUGGUGUUUUUAUCAAUGGUUUGAUUAAUGACGCUCACUGGUGAAAGACGCUGUUCAGCGAAAUUGCGUUAGGCCUAUAAGUUAUAAGAUUUUAAAGGGUAUGCUAUAAAUAGCCUACUAUAUUAUAUUUAUCAUUUUUUUUAUUAAUAAACCGUACGCUUGAAUCUUUUAAACUUCAACUAGCUCACAAUCGACAUUAUCUCGCUCUCUCCAUAUACUGUGCCAACGCACUGCUUCUUUGAGACUGUGAAGAGCCAUUCUAGCAGGUGAUUGCCCUUAUUUGGUCAUAGCCUAGAUCAUGUGACCACAAAAUGGUGGAAGCUGCGAGCUGUUUGUAAGCCGAGCAUCUCUGCGGAGAGACGGGAAGAAAAGAUUAGGCAAAGGGAGCUGGGAGAGCCCAUCCAUGCUCUGAAUCAAAGCAGGUCAGCAGUUCCUGUGCAGCAGAGGUUCUUCCAGGUGAUGUGUGCCUGCCUCCUGAGUGUAAGAUGAGCACCACUGACAGAGACUCUAGACCAGCCCCUCCAACCUCGCUCCCCCUGCAAGGGGGAGGAGGAGGAGGAGGGCCGGCCCAGAGGAAGAAGCUGUCCGCCCCCCCCAUCAGCCUCUCCCUGGACCAGAGCGAGGACGAGCUGGGAGAGACCCCCGACGACCUUGACAUCGACGUGGACGACCUUGACACGCCGGACGAGGGCGAUAACCUGGACUACACCGACCACGAGAUGGACUGGGACGAUCCCCGAGCAGCCAAUAGGAGCGGGGCGAGGGAGCCGGUGGAGCCAAUCCCGACGUGCAGCGCGGAGGAGGAGCGGCAGGAGGGCCAGCUGUGGCGGGCCGUGGUCAUCGGGGAGCAGGAGCACCGCAUCAACAUGAAGAGCAUCGAGCCCUACCAGAAGGUCAUCUCCCACGGAGGUUACUAUGGUAACGGAGUUCACGCCAUCAUAGUGUUUGCCGCCUGCUUCCUGCCAGACAGCGAUAGCGAAGAUUACCACGAAGUCAUGGAGAACCUCUUUCUGUACGUCAUCAGUACACUGGAGCUGAUGGUAGCUGAGGACUACAUGAUCGUGUACCUGAACGGCGCCACGCCCCACCGGAGAAUGCCCGGCCUCGGUUGGCUGAAGAGAUGUUAUCAGAUGAUUGACAGACGACUCAGGAAGAAUUUGAAAUCCUUCAUCAUUGUUCAUCCGUCGUGGUUCAUCAGAACCAUCCUGGCCAUCACACGGCCCUUCAUCAGCACCAAGUUCAGCAACAAGAUCAAAUACGUGAACAGCCUGGAUGAGCUCCGAGAAUUAAUCCCCAUGGAGUACGUCCAUAUCCCAGAAUGCAUCAUUAGGCUUGACGAGGAGCUGAAGGAAGCCACGGAGAGUUCCAAAAUUAACAGUUUUCUUCUGGGGCCGGAGCCAAGUGCUAGCAGGACGCAGAACAAACCUGAUGAAGCCGGUGUCAGCCCCUCCUAAAGUCACACUCGCGCACAGACACGCACACACACACACACACAGAUCACCACAAGACUAGAUUAUGUUCCAGAGAUCGUCGUCUUUGUCGCUGUAUUCUUGAUGCUGUCAGCUGGGAAACUGAGGAGACUGAGGGCAGGUUAAGUUUGUGUUUGUGUCUGGCGUUUCUGUCACUCAAGACCUUGGAUUCACUUAUUCCCCGUUUAUAUAUUUAUAUAUAUAAACACACAGAUACAUACAGACAGACACAUACACACACUCACUCAGACAAAGAGUCUUACCCAAGGCAAGUUUUGACACAAAGAGACUGCAGUAUCUGGGACUUUGCUUAUAACCAGCGUAGGUAAAAUAACUCUCGCAGCAUAUUUCUUCUCCGGUACAUUGUCUAUGAAAUGGCCACAGAUGAAAAUGAUAACGUUUUGUGGAUCACCUUCCAUGAGUCGUUUGUCUGCCUGUCGAAAAAAACGAGUUUCGUUGUGAUCGUUCCUCUUGGGGAUGUUGUCAACAAAGAAAAAUGUAGAAUUCUCCUCUGCCAGCACAUUGAACUGCUACCACAGACCAUCCUUGUUGGCAACA